GCAUCUUCAAUAACAUGCUUUCAGGUGGUGAUUGUGAAAAUCAAAGCUUAUUUUAAAAGAUGGCCAAGGGAUUGGGGAGCAGGACUGGUUGUUACUUACUUGUCUUUGAGAUUAAAUUCAGUUAUUUUUAGUUCAUCUUAUGAGUGAAAGUGAAGCAGUUCUGUACUGAAAAAAAGAGAGCUUCAGAUCCCCUUUGAAGUUUCUCUGUGAUAUAGUCCAUUUUCAAUCUCACCAUCAUCUUUCUUAAUUUGUAAAAUAUGUAAAUUGUUAGCAUAGCACCUUUUGAUAAUGAAUAUUGUUAUUACAAUUACUUCAUGCUUCAUGCUCAGGUAACUUUCUGUUCAUGAAUUUCAUGGCUGAAAAAUGUUUCACGGCCUUUUAAAUGUGUUCGUGGGACAGGGAUUAUUCAUUUGUUUUUGUUUUAUUCUGUAUUUUGUGUGCUCAUUUUGUAUUUUCAUCUUGGGAACCACACUGUGAUCUUCAGAUGAAGGGCAGUUAUUUAUAGAUAAAUAAAUAAUGUGUUUUUUCAAGAGUUCUGAAAAUGAUGGAAGACCUAUGAGUAGGCAUGCUGUACCACAGUCUAUAGAUGGAUGGAUACUCCAAUCCCAUAAUAUAUGAGGUCCUUCCCAUUCUAUCCAUAAUCAGUUGGUAAUAAAUCAAGCUCCUUCUGCUAUAGUAAAUUGAAACAAGCAUUCCUGCAAGGUAGUUAUGUCUGCAGUGAGGAUGGGGUUUACUGGCAGAAAUAAAUGGGGCCAUCAGACAUGUCUAUCCUUUACCUACUGAGUGAUGGUAUAGGUAGUAUCACAAGGUGAAGCAAGCGAGAACUUUAUGGCCUACCCUGCCUCUUCCUGUCUUCAUGGCUGAAUUAUCCAUUUCCACUAUGCUUGUGGCAACAUUUUUCUGUAGGUUGUUCACCCCUUAGGACCUCUCUUUAGUUGUUCCCAUAUCUAGGUGAAAGACUCCAGGGAAGCAGCAAAGCUAUAGUUGUCAUAAAAAGUAUUUAAUUUUGUUUUAGCAUUUUCACUGUUUGCAUGUUUUGCAAAUGUUUGCAAGAUGUACAGUGGUACCUUGGGUUACAAACACUUUGGGUUACAAACACUUUGGGUUACAAACUCCGCUAACCCGGUAGUAGUACCUCGGGUUGAGAACUUUGCCCCAGGAUGAGAACGGAAAUUGCGCACCGGCGGUACAGCGGCAGCGGGAGGCCCCCAUUAGUGAAAACGCGCCUCAGGUUAAGAACGGUUUCGGUUAAGAAUGGAGCUCUGGAACAAAUUAAGUUCAUAACCCGAAGUACCACUGUACUUUAUACUUCAUAGCUGAUGUACCAUUGACCUCAUUUUCCUUAAAUGCUAUUUACUUUCCUGUCCCUCUUUCUUACAAGUUCACAAGUUCCUGACUGUUUUCUACAUGCAUGUCUUUCUGAUGUUCUUAAUGAAUAGGUUGUUGGGUUCCUUCCAGCAUUGAAUGUGAUUUCAUUUGACAUGAUACUUCCUAAUUGGGGAAUGAUUUGUGGAUGAGGGUACUGACUAGAGACAAAGCUUACCUAUAGGCUGCUGAAUACGGUCCUCAUUAUGACAACACUUAAUUUGUUUCCUCAAGCUUUGUCCUAAGCAGGGAAGUAGCAAUGACAAGUUCUGUAACAGCUUCUGCUAUAAUAUAAAAUUUCCCCUCUCUUUUUCAGUAGUAGUACUUGUUCUUAUUGCUCAGUUGGGUUUGAGGGUUAGUGAUACUGAAUAUAUACAGUACAGUGUUAAUCUGGGGCCAUGACAUUUGCAGCAUGAUGCUAAAGCUGAAAAGUGCAUUUUAAAAAUAUAAUUGGAUAUUUCUCAUGUCCAUCUUCAAGAGGUCAGAGUAGUUGGACACUAUUAAAAAUAUGCCCAAAAUCUGUAGAAUAAAAUAAAUAUAAAAGCAAAAUUAAUCACCCGAAAAGCAAUAUCUCAUUAGGAAAAAACGUAAGAACAUUUCAGCCCAGUUUCAAAGUUUCUCCACCCAGGCGAGUAAAAGCAGUUAUGAAAAUGGUAUACGUAUUAAACGUCUUCAAAGAUAAAUUCUGGAAGCCUGCCUUUGGUUCCAUCCACAUGGGGCUACCACUGUGUGUCAGAGAUCACUGUUCUUCCUUUCUGACUUAACCUGGCUAGCAUAUGAUAAUUUGAUAAAAUGUCCCAAUAAUUCCUUAUGAUACUUCAGAUUGCACAUGAGAAGAACCAUGCAAAGCAUGCAGGACUCAAACCAUUUAGCGAUUUAAAGGCACAAUAGUCACCAGUUCCAAAACACACUCAGGCUAUGAGCCUGAGUGACAGACAAGCCCUUUUCAGUUUAACUAUUAUUUUGAAUUUGAAGGGGUGGCUAAGGUAGGCUAGAAAUAAAUGGAAUAAUAAGGGCAAAUAUGCCCUGAAGUUGAAUGCAAACCAGGGAGAAACAAUUUUCAAACUCAAUAUCCCACAAAGUGUGCCCUUCAGUCAACCUUCAGCUACAUGUGCUGAAAUAGCUUAGUUUUUGCGUGGGUUUUCCUUUUGAGAUAUGUGGUAUAAAUAAUUGUGCACACUCCUAAUUAAAGAAUUGUGACCUUCUAUAUUCUUCCAGUGGGAACUUGACCCAAAUAAGUUAUGUAAGAGCUGAUUUGUCUUCCUCAAAUUUCAAAGUAUUACUGGGAUCCGAAUUUACCAAAAAUAGUAAGAUGAAGGCUAGCUUAUUUGUGUUUAAUGAAAAAUUUACAGAAAUUUUAGGGGCUUGAUUACUAUGCUCAGUAGUAAACAGUGAUGUUUGGUAACCCUACUAGAUAACAUGAGAAGCUGUGCCAUUCAUUUACACGAGGACUUAAGGUUGUGUUCUGAAUUUUUACAUACAUAUUCCACCCCCUGUAUCAUUUAGAAUUACAAAACAACCAGCUAUAUAUUAACGAAAAAUUUCCAUAGGGUACUUUGCAAACACAGAGUAUAAGGUGGUUCUGAACAUACAUUCUAGUAUCUUUUCCAUGCUUAGCUGGCAGGACUUUGAGCAAGUGCUGCUCAAAUGCACUGAAAUUCUCUGGCUUUGUAAGACCUAGUGUAACUUUUGUGUUAAAAGGAAAAGAAUUGCAAGUAAACCUAUUUGCAAGCUUUAACACCAGGCGUAUAUCUAUGUGUGGACAUACUGAGUAAGAUGAAAACACCUGUCUGCUGACGGUUCUGCAGAACCAUUAUUUCCAUUAUUCCUAUCCUCCUUCACUGCCCCCUUUUAUGUCUCAUCACAAAUUUUGUUGCAGAAUUCUAGUGACCUAGAUCACACCUGCACCAUCUAUUUGAAGUGCUAUUAUACCACUUGAACAGUCAAGGAAAAUAAUGGGAACUAUAGUUUGAGGGUGACCCCACAGAGCUGCAAUUCUCAGCACUCCUAACAAACUACCUUUCUGAGGAUUCUCCAUGACUAUUGAAGAGGUGGCUUUCUAGAAGAUGACCAUAGAGGAUCUUCCUGACCCUUCCAUAGAAGGAGAUCCAUUGACUAAAAGAUACCAGUAUCUUAUUCCGGGUUCUGAAGAUUCAAUCAUCUAUUCUGUUUCUGCAGCACCAAUGCCUUCUGAAUGUGAGUUCUCCUUUUUUGAUCCUAAUGAUGCGGCAUGUCAGGAGAUUCUUUUCAACCCCAAAACAUCGGUGUCUGAACUAUUUGCUAUCUUAAGACAAUGGGUCCCCCAAGUUCAACAGAACAUCGAUGUCAUUGGGAGCGAGAUCAUUAAGAGAGGCUGCAAUGUGAAUGACAGAGAUGGAUUGACUGACAUGACUCUCUUGCAUUACACAUGCAAGUCAGGGGCUCAUGGUAUUGGGGAUGUUGAGACUGCCGCCAAAUUUGCCUCCCAACUUAUUGACUUGGGUGCAGAUAUCAAUUUGAGGAGCCGUUGGACAAACAUGAAUGCUUUGCACUAUGCUGCCUACUUUGAUGUUCCAGAACUCAUUAGCGUCAUUUUGAAAAAUGCAAAGUCAAAAGAUGUUGAUGCAACCUGCAGUGACUUUGAUUUUGGAACAGCUUUGCAUAUUGCUGCCUUCAACUUGUGUACAGGAGCUGUAAAGCGCUUAUUGGAACACGGAGCCAACCCGGCCUUUAGGAAUGACAAGGGACAGACUCCAGCAGAUGUAGUUCCUGACCCGGUGGACAUGCCACUAGAGAUGGCAGAUGCAGCAGCCAGUGCUAAAGAAAUUAAGCAGAUGCUCUUAGAUGCAGUGCCUCUGUCUUGUGACAUUUCCAAGGCCCUGCUUCCAAACUAUGAUAAUGUCACUGGCAAAGAUAUGCUUGGAUCCCUUGGCCUGAAGCUUGGAGAUCGGGUUGUCAUUGCAGGACAGAAGGUUGGCACAUUAAGAUUUUGUGGCACAACAGAGUUUGCCAGUGGGCAGUGGGCUGGCAUAGAAUUGGAUGAGCCUGAAGGAAAAAACAAUGGAAGUGUUGGCAAAGUACAGUACUUCAAGUGUGCACCAAAACAUGGUAUCUUUGCACCUCUCUCUAAAAUAAGUAAAGCUUCAGAACACAAAAAGAAUGCAAAGGUUUCUUCCUCACGACCUUCGCCUGCUGUCAAGUCUAAGAAAAUUGAUGUAACGCACAUAACAUCCAAAGUGAAUUCAGGCUUAUCUGCAUUGAAAAAAGACAGCACCCCAGAUUCCACAUAUUUGGGCAGCAAAGAAGGAAUGAAAACUCCACCUGGUAAAGAAGAAAAAGCAACUUCCCUUGGAUCCAACAGCUCUUCCUCUUCCACUACAUCUUUAGACAGCAAGCAGAAUUGCUCAAAGAAGUGGAAUACCACAAGGAAAAAUAAGAAGGAAGACUUGAAAAGCCAUUCUGCUGCAACAAAAGGAGGAAACAACACUUUUCCAUCUUCAAGAAGAAAUCCUUUUGAUGAAGGGGAGAUUCAGAUUGGAGACAGAGUACUGGUGGUAGGACAGAGAACUGGAAUAGUUAGAUUUUAUGGGACAACUAAGUUUGCACCAGGUGUUUGGUGUGGAAUAGAACUGGACAAACCUCAUGGCAAGAAUGAUGGUUCAGUUGCAGGCAUGCAGUACUUCAGCUGCCUCCCCAGAUAUGGUGUCUUUGCACCACCAUCGAGAGUGCAGAGGCUAGUGGGAUCGCUAGACUCCCUCACAGAUGUUUCAUCAAGUAAAAUGAAUCAUUCUCUCCCUGGUUUCCGACGAAGUUUUAGCACAACCUCUGCGUCUUCCCAAAAGGAAUUAAACAGGAGAAACUCCUUUGUCAAGUCAAAAAACGCUUCCCUGCGACGCAGCUGGAGCAGCACCACUACGGCCAGCGCCGAGGGCCCCGUCAAGCUUCACGAGGGCUCCCAGGUCCUGCUGAGCAGCUCCAGUGAGAUGGGCAUCAUUCGCUACAUUGGGCCCACAGACUUUGCUCCAGGCAUCUGGCUUGGCCUGGAACUCCGAAGUGCCAAAGGCAAGAAUGACGGCUCUGUGGGUGACAAGCGGUACUUCACUUGCAAGCCAAAUUAUGGAGUCUUGGUGCGGCCGAGCCGAGUCACUUACCGAGGGAUCAACGGUGCAAAACUUGUGGAUGAUACCUGCUGAAGGCAAACUCUUCUAGCUCUUGAGAUGAGGGCAUAAGAAAUAAAGCACAAAAGACAAUCCUGCUAUCGCCUGCAUGAAGUUCUGCCUUACCCAAAGUCCUAAAACUGCUUUUGUAUAACACUUGCACAGCUCUAGCCAGAAUGGAGUUGCAUUAUGACUCUUGAGGAAUGAAAUCUUAAUAGCUUCCCCUACGGAAUGGUCCUCACCUGAAAGCUGCUUAUAUAUUAAAAAAACAACUUGGGGUUGAGCAGUCCUGUUAUUUGAAUAAUCUGCUGUUUUCUAUCUGGCUCCAUGUUGACAUGCUUUGCUGCUUUACAAAUGAUGUUUCCAUCCCACAUUCUAAUGAAGCUGUAAAGUGACUUGAGAUCGCAGAGCUUGUUAAACAAGCAGCAGGAUUUGUCAACCUGCUAAACAGUCUUCACUUUUUCUGGAAAAAAAUAGCAAUAAAGAGGGAGGGAAGUGACAGUAUUUAGGGGGAAAAUGUUGUGAGACUGGUAGCUUAUUAUCCAGACAGAUCCUCCAAGCACAAAGCAAGCAGUUGAAAAGAGAAAAAAAUGUGCUCCUUCCAUGCUACAUACAGAAACAGCCUGAAUAGAAGGAAGGGGAAAAUGAAUAAAGCAGCACAAAUAUUUUCAGGUAAAUAGUAAAAGCACUUUUUGUUACAGUAUAUAUAGAUAUACUGUAUAAUGGACAUGCGUGUGUAUUUUAAAGGCAGCAACAUGCCAGAAGCACUUUCCAAAAAUGCCAUUGGAACAAGUAUUAAUGCACUUUUAUUUCUCCUCUCUGAAGAGUUUCCCCACUCAAGUUCUGGAGAAAUUAUUUUGUUAGUCAAGACUGAAGCCUGUAACACUGCAACGUUUUGCAUGCAUCAAAUGCCCUUCAGCAAAGCUCUACAGCCAGCAAUCAGAUUGGCCAACGGGUCAUUUUAAGGUGAGGUAGCAGUAUUGGGUUUAAGGUAAUGUGUGCAUGGAUUUGCACCACCCCCUCCUCCAGGAAACAUGCCCACUCUUGGCAUGGGCAGGUGAUUAGGGAGCCUUUCUCCCUUCUGGUUUUUGACAGUGUUCUUAACCUUGGUUAAAACACCCCAGUUUAGUCUGAUGACGACUACCUUCAGGGAGGAGAAGCUGGUAGAAAGCCUAUGGGAGAUUCCAUGUUUGUUGCAGGUUCAAGUUUCCUCUUCCUUUAGAACCGUCACCUGGUUGACCUGGAACCUUUAGCUUGCCUUAAUAUGCCAAGCCACUGCAGGCUGAGUUAGGCCAUGUGGCAGUUGACCAUCUCGCCCGCAGGCCACCAGUUCCUGGCUCUGGGCAGAACAUUUAAGAGAGACCUAUAUUUCGGUACUUGAAUCCUAAAUAUCCCAUGUGCAAUAAAGAAUUCUGUAUCACUGUAGACGCCAACCUUAGGAAAAGCUUGUCACAGUGCUAGGUGUUGAAGCUCUUGCCAUUUUCAUAUAAUGUAGUUGCUACAUUGUUGCCUAGAAGCAUGAUGUACCUUUUUAAAAAAAACACUUUUGAAACAUGAUUAUUUUACUGUACUAUGCUUCUCUUUAAAUAAUUGAGUGAUUAUAAAUUUAUAAAUGGUAUUGUUACAAACUAUAUAAUGCAUUGUUAUGGCAUAUUUUAACCAUUAUUAAAUGGAUUCAGAUAAUUUAAAAGCCACAGAAGUCACUAAGUGGCUUCAUCCUUGAAAAUAAGGGGAAGAAUUCGAUGUAGUGUUAUGGUAACUGCCUCCCUUGUGCUAACAGCAGUCCUUGCACAGCCUUCCAGUAGUGGGACUCAUUAGUUGAAUCCUGGCCAAGGUAUCUUGUCAAAUUGCACUCAAAAGUAAAACUACAUUCUAGCUGUCUAUAAAAGUGUAUAGAUAAUAUUUUUAAACAUUGCUAGAACAAUUUCCCCCUGAUCUGCAUUAAGCACGCCAAAGCCGCAAUAUUGCUUUUUAUAGCUAAUGGGUAUUUUUAAACUAAGGGCAAUGGUUGUAAACUGUGAUUAUAAACUUGUUCUUAAUUAAAAGCCAUCUAAAAACUGCAGAAAUGCAUUUGAGGAUCCAGAUGCACCUUGAUGCACUGAAUCUUGCCAUGUCUGACAUCUGUUUCCUUGGGUGUUUAAAAUGUAUUUUUAAAUGAAAGUGCUGUUAAUGGUCGUUUGGUUUUAACGAUGCCCGUUGCUUUUAAGAAAACUGAGCUAUCACUGACCGAGUAUCCUUUUUUUGAAUCGCUUUCUUAUAAUGUUAACUUGCACAUUAUGCAUUUAGGAUAGAAAGCAGCAGCUGUAAUAUAACAAAGCAGAUGUUUUAAACACCUUUUAUGUUUGUAAGAUAUUGAUGUACUCUACAGACAUGCUGAUUUUGAACAUAAAAAUAUUUUGUGCAUUCCCUAUGUAUUGGUCGGAUGGUAUCUUCCUUUUGCCCUCCUCUUCUUUAAGGAUUGUGACUUACAAGGAAAACAUUGGUACCAUUGAAAGAUAAAUUCUUGCGCUAAUAUGAA